GUUCUUCAGUAGGGUAUAAAUAGAGCUUAGUAAACCUGCCUAUUAACAUUGUUCCAAGAAACUGAACGAUUUUUAUACAGCUCUCAAGCCUCCCUGUGAGAAAAAAAAAAAACAUCAGAGACGCACACGUUUUGUUUUGUUUUUAACAUCUGAUUACAGGUGCAGUCCACCGAUUCUCCGAAGUUUGGUGCUUUGUUAAUCGUAAGAACUGGAAAUGUGGUGGAUGCUUUUUCCCCGAUGGAUUUGGUUCUUUUUGGGGCAGUUAUUUGUCUUGCUACUGGACAGCCGUGUAAAGAGCAUGGCUUUGCCACGAAUCGUCUAUUCCCACGCUGGGAUCUGUCCGAACGAAAUGAACCCAAACCUAUGGGUGGAUGCCAUGAGCACUUGUGUGAGAGAGUGCGAAUCUGACCAGGAAUGCGAGACAUUUGAGAAGUGCUGUCCUAACGUCUGUGGGAAUAAGAGUUGUGUGGCAGCCAGGUACAUAGAUGUCAAAGGGAAGAAAGGUCCUGUUGGAAUGCCCAAAGAAGCCACCUGCGCCCACUUUAUGUGCACUCAGCAAGGCUCCGAGUGUGACAUCUGGGAUGGCCAGCCAGUGUGCAAGUGCAGAGACAGGUGUGAAAGAGAACCAAGCUUCACCUGUGCCUCCGACGGCUUGACAUACUACAAUAAGUGUUACAUGGAUGCAGAAGCCUGCAACAAAGGAAUCAUGCUGACUGUCGUAACCUGCAGGUACCAUCUCACCUGGCCAAACACAAGCCCGAUUCCUGUAGAGACCACUCGCCCCACUACUGCUGUUUUGGAGACUACAGUAAUUGAUGUUGUGCUGCCGGCACUGAUCACCAAACCUGUGCACCAGUCAGUUUAUGUUGGCGAAACUGUGAGUUUCCACUGCGAUGUGGCUGGAAAACCCAAACCCGAUAUCACAUGGGAGAAACAAAUCGAUGGUAAAGAUAACAUCGUCAUGAGGCCUAACCAUGUCAGGGGCAACAUUGUGGUCACCAACAUCGCCCAGCUUGUCAUCUAUAAUGUUCAACAGCAAGACGCAGGCAUGUACACUUGCACUGCUAAAAACAUAGGUGGGCUUCUCCAAGCUGACUUCCCCAUGUCAGUGGUGAAUAAGGAACUUUCUAAAAACAGCACCCCAGGAAACAUCACAAACUUCCCAGCUGAGGAGUGUCUCAAGAUGCCUGACAGUGAAGACUGUGGGGAGGAGAACACAAGCUGGUAUUAUGAUGCUAAGAAAAACAACUGUUUCACUUUUACCUACGGCAACUGUAACAACAACAUGAAUGAUUUUGAGACCUACGAGUCCUGCAUGCUGUCCUGUGGGAGCGAGCUAGCCAACCCCUGUGGUCUACCAAGUCUUCAGGGUCAGUGUAAAGCCUACGAGCCAAGAUGGGCUUACAGCAGCGUCUUGAAGCAGUGCCAUUCGUUUAUCUACGGGGGCUGUGGGGGCAACGAGAACAAUUUUGAAAGCAAAGAGUCCUGUGAGGAAAUGUGCCCUUUUCCGAAGAACCAGUCAUGCAAAACGUGCAAACCACGGCAAAAGAUGGUGACAAGCUUCUGCAAGAGCGAUUUUGUCAUUCUGGGACGGAUGAUCGAACUGACCGAAGACCAGGACUCCGGACAUGCCCUGGUGACAGUGGAAGAGAUCCUGAAGGAUGAGAAAAUGGGGUUAAAGUUUUUUGGUAAGGAACCACUGGAAAUCACCCUGUUAAACAUAGACUGGAAUUGCCCCUGCCCCAAUAUAACAACAGCGGACGGGCAGGUGAUUAUCAUGGGCGAUGUCCACAAUGGCAUGGCGGUCUUGCAGCCAGACAGUUUUGUCGGGGUUUCCAGUGUGAGACGUGUAAGGAAACUCCGUGAAGUCAUUCACAAGAAGACCUGUGACAUUUUAAAAGAGUUCCCAGCACUUCAGUAGUCAAGUUCCAGGUUCAAGUUGUAGACCACUUAAAGAUAAUCUGAUAGGAAAAAUGCCAUUUAUUAGCAAUCUCUCAGUUCCCAGCAAAAAGUUGUUAUUAACCGAACGUUGUUAUAAAGUGAAAAGCCACAUUUUCAAGUGUAUCUAUAUGGAAAAAUGAUGUACACUACAGUUGUAGAAACAGCGCAAAACAAAAAAGUAUACACAGUACUGUAUUGUACACAUAGUACUACAACAACGGACUAUCAAUAUCCUUAAAAACAGUAAACAAACUUGGUAUACAGUACUUACAUUUAAAACAGAAGCAUAAUUUUAAAAGAAGUUGUUUUUUUACGAUUCACCACCUCCAGCUGUAAAUCACUCUCAAGUUUGCGUGCAGCUUCGUAGUCAAUUUCAAAAUGCGGGAUAGCCAUAGAAGUUGUAAAAAAAAAUAGUUGUCAUUAAGCGGCAGACAGUUGCUAAUAUCCAAAAUCCAUUAACAUUAAAGUCUAUGGGAUGGGAUUGAAAAUGUUGUUAAUAACCGAAAGUGGUCUUUAUCAGGGUUGCUAAUAACCAGCAUCUACUGUGUAUAUAUAUAUAUAUAUAUAUAUAUAUAUAUAUAUAUAUAUAUAUAUAUAUAUAUAUAUAUAUAUAUUAUUUGUUUAUUUAGCAGACGCCUUUAUCCAAGGCGACUUACAGAGACUAGGGUGUGUGAACUAUGCAUCAGCUGCAGAGUCACUUACAAUUACGUCUCACCCAAAAGUCAGAACACAAGGAGGUAAGUGACUUACUCAGGGUCACACAAUGAGUCAGUGGCUGAGGUGGGAUUUGAACCAGAGACCUUCUGGUUACAAGCCCUUUUCUUUAACCACUGGAUCACACAGCCUACUACAUAUAUAUAUAUUUUUGGAGGGAAAACUUUAAGACUUUUUUCAUUAGAAAAAGUUCAAGAAGAAUGUCAAAAAAGUAAGAUCAGCAGCAUUAAAACCUGCUUAUUUUCCAAAUUGAUACUGUAUAACUUUUUGAGAAUGUUAUACUUGAACCUUUUCUUAAUUAAGAAAAAUAAACAGAACUAAAAAGUAAAAAGUGUUCCCCAAUAAGAACAUUUCUGGCAGUGUAGCUCUCAAAUGGAAUCCUCAUUUGGUUUGAAUUAAGCAAAGGGCUGAAUUAUUUUUACAAGUACAUUGAACGGGAACUGUCUUGCAUAACUGGAAAAACACAUUUCCUCAAAUAUUUAUUGCUUCUUUGCUCCAUCCAACCAUAACCCCCUCAUAUGGUUCAGACUACCUUUACUUUAACAUUGAAGUAUGCACAGCUUUUUAUAAAUUACCAUUAUGGCACAAAAACAAAGUAAUGAUAAUAUACAACACAGACUUGUCUAUUAUUACAUUACUUGGUCAUGUAAUAUAUCCAAUACUUUAUAUAUUGUUCUUUAUCUGUCUGAAGAAAUGUAAUUAGUUAAUGCCUAUUGUAUUUAUUACAUACACAUUGUAUUGUAUUUUGUUCCUAAUCUCCAUCUCCUCUAUUGCCAGUAUUUAGUUCAGGCAUGUUUGCUUUUAUGGUGCAACAUCAUGUUCUGUAGAAAAGGUUAAAUAACAUGUUUUUAGACAUUUGAACCAUGAAACAUUACAGUAUCCAAUUCUGCAUUUCAAUUCCACUCCUCUGACAACCUGUGAAAUAGGCUUGCUGACAUUUAAUAACUUCUAAUAAUUGAGAAAAAAAAUGCUUACAGGUUCAGCCUGCUAAUAAAGGCAUGCAAGUUAUCUAGUUCUCUAAGUGAUGUUGUUUGUUGUUGUGACUGUGGCAUUUGAUAACUCUGUAUUGCAUGUAGGUGAUUGCACAUAGACAAUACUGUUCCUUUUUAAUUGUUUAUAUGGCAAAUACAAUAUUAGACAUUUAAAAUUUCCCUAAAAAAUUUACAGUAACUCAGAUUUGCUAUAUGCAUUCGGACAAGUUGUAAUAUAUUUUCUUAAAGGUUGAUUAUAAUUGACUAUAUCAAUUGAUCUGUAGUACCUUGUAGGUCUAUUAGACUGUAGGUGGUUUAUGUCCCUAACCUUUACAUUACCCUUACCAAAAUGUAAUACAAAGUUACUGCUAAUUGGACCAUGCUAGAUAUGUUAAUAUUACUGUUACUGAGAGGGACCUUGUUUGUUAAGUGAAGCAGGUCGUUGUUGAACCCAGAACCAAUUAUUUCUUACAUACAGCUUAUUUGUAUGUCACUGAAUGGUCAUCUUACUGUUUCUGAUAAAGGAUGUGCUACUUGGUUUCAAACUAUUAAAUAGCCCUGUAAAUGCAGUAGGUAUUCACAGUACCACAAUGUUUAAUAAACGUGGUUAAGUACAGUAGUAUUGUAGCGUUAGUAACCUAGCAGUUCCAUGUAUACCUUUUUGUAAGGGUUUUAUUGCUUUCUUAGAUCAUUUGGUUUUUAUUUAUUUUUUAUGCUGCUUUACUGCUCCGGCUGUUAACAUUUCUUUAUAACUUCUUUAAUGUGUCAAGAUUAAAAAACAAAACAAAAAAAAACAGUUUUGCAGAUCUAUGUAUGUAUGUGUGUAUCUUCUAUCAUAAGCACUUAUUCAUUCCUUUUUUGUUUUCUUAAUAAAGAUAUUCUGUUUGACACAUGAAGAAAGCGGUCCAUUUUAUUUCUGAAAGCUUGACUUAGAUAGAUACUCAAGGUGUGGUCUGGGCUGGGGUGCACAAGCAAAUUCUAGGUGGGUUCUAAAAUAUUGAUACAAACUUGGCUAAGAUCAGAAUGCAUAAGGCGCACUGUAUAGUUUGUAGUUUUAUAACCUAAACUGCCAACCAAUUUCAGAUCAAUCCAUCAGAUGUUAAAAGCCUCAUAAGCUUUCAUAGAAACAUCCCUUGGAAGGGUAGCAUGGUGGUCAGGCUAGCAGCAGAAAUAGCAAAUGCAGGAGCCAGGAGAAGCUGUUAAGUGUCUGAUAGUGCACUUCUUAGACAAAAAACAUUAGGCGUGGUCCAGUAGUUAAAGUCCAAGGCUUGUAACCACAAAGUCACUGGUUCAAAUCCCACCUCUGCCACUGACUAACUCACAGUGUGACCCUGAGCAAAUCACUUAACCUCCUUGUGCUCCAUCCUGUGGAUGAAAUGUUAAAUCAAUGUCCUAUUGUAGUGAUGCUGCAUAUAAUGCACAGUUCAUAGCCUACCUUUGUAAAGCGCUUUGUGAUGGUGGUCCACUGUGAAAGGUGCUAUAUAAAGAUAUUAUUAUUAUUAUUAUUAUUAUUAUUAUUAUUAUUAUUAUUAUUAUGGCUGCACUUUCACAGUGGGUCAAUUGUAACAAACUGAAAGGAGCAUACUAAAUGAUCCCAUGGUUAGUAUGGAGGACGGUACUAAACUAGUACGCAAGUUAAUACCAAUUGCAACAAACUAAGUAGCUCAAAAUAGUCCCCAGCUGUGCAUUAAAAUGUGUCAAUUGCAACAAACCCAAAGUAACUGCCGUUGCCCUCUAGAGGAUACUAAAACACAUUAUUAAGUUAGUCUAGAAAUUUCUUUAGACUAGACUUAUCGUGCUAACUGGAGCAAUUUCUUUAGACUAAAGUGGUAUUGUAAUAACUGGAACAAUUAUGAAAAAUUUUAUGAAACUGGUUCAUAACCAAACAUUAUAUUAAAUGAAUUGAAAUUUGAAAGACGUUUGCAACAAAACCAGUUUCAUCCUUCUUCAACUUAUUCAACUUAACGUAGGCCUAUUAUAUAAAAAAUAAUAAUAAUAUUAAACAAUUCCAGUACGACUUUCCAGUGCCUCUACUUUCAUCCUCUUCCACAGAGAAGGCAGUAUUAAAUCUGCUUACAAGUGCAGUUGUGCGCUGCAGAAUUGCUGUGGAAUCCUUUCGGCCAUUCUCCAAAGUUUCAAUAAAAUGUUUUAUACACUCUAUGAAAUAAAGUUUUUUGCUCUAUUGUAUAAUUUUACACACGACUACUGGCCAUGAUUGCCUUCAUAUGGAUGUACUGAGAAAAAAGCUAACGAAAAAUAACACUCUUCAAAUAUAAUUUACUGUAGCUGGAACCAAUCACUCAGAUCCCCCCCUUCAGUUCGUGUUUGGUAGCACUCUACAAUAAAGAGCUUAACCCUGAGCUCUGUGCUAAAGCUGGGGAUCAGCUAGUCUGCCACUUUGUUCCCCAUCUUUUUUCAUUGCAAUUGGUACUAAGUUAGUACGCAGCUGGGGAUGAUCCCGAGAUAGUACCGUAUUAGCUAGUCCGCAACUUAGUACGCAGCUCUGUAAAUCUACAAGUUUGUUGCAAUUGACCCAGUGAGACUAACCCCAAGCACACAACCAGCUUCUCUGACACAUAUAACAGAAACGAGCCGAGGAACUGUCACCCAGCCCCUCCUUUAUACGUGGUCAAGCCUAAUUGUCAAUGUCAAGUCUUGGCCACUUUCUUACAUGUUUAUACAGUUCUCCUCCAAUCAGGUCAGAUUAACCAGUCCAGCCACAUUCACACAUGGCUGGCUUGUCUGUUGGAGGGGAACCUGAUAAAGUGUAAGGAUUUACAAACCCCACAACAUCCAAACAAGAAAAUGUAUGAAAACAGUGUGUGCACUGCAGUAAAUAAUAAUAAUAAUAAUAAUAAUAAUAAUAAUAAUAAUAAUAAUAAUAAUAAUAAUAAUAAUAAUAAUAAUAAUAAUUGUUACAUAGAAAUGUCACUAAAUCCAACAGUUACUGUGCUUUUCAAGACUAAACUCAAUGCUUAUUGUCUCCAGGCAAACAGACACCGAUUUUUUCAUAUGUUACAAUUACAAAUAACCUAACUUUUUAAAAAUGUCAUUAAUCAAGUGGUAUUGCUUCAGAAGUCUUUUCACUGCUAAUUUAUAGUUGACAGUAACCUGGUUUUAAUACU